AUCAGUUGUGUCCAAUCACAGCUGAUCACUGAUGAUCAGUGUGCCCUGAUGAUCAGUGUGGCCCCAGACAUGCCACCUUUCAGUGUCCAUCAGUGCCAGCAGUCAGUGCUCAUCAGUGCCACGUGCCAGUGCCCAUCAAUGCCACAUAUCAGUGCAUACCAGUGCACAUCAAUGCCACAUAUCAGUGCCCAUCUGAGCUGCCUUUCAGUGUCACCCAUCAGUGCCAGUUAGUGCCGCCUAACAGUGCCAGUCAGUGCUGCCUAACAGUGCCGCCUAUCAGUGUCAUGUAUCAGUGCUGCCUUUUCAGUGCCCAUCAGUGAUGCCU